AACCGACCAUGCGUGGAAACGAACUUUGAAAAGUAUAUGCGCGGUGAGCAAAGGCGACCGAUGCCGUCACCGGAGUCGGAAUCUCCAGCUGAGUUUUCUAUCGAUACAUUCGAUGAAAAUUUAUUUAACAUGGAUCAGAACGGCUAUUGUUGCAUAUUGACGGAUGAUGAGAUGAUCGAAGAAGCAGACCGACGUACAAGCACACCCGAUACAACGACGCACAGCACCGAUGACAAAGAGAAUCAACACAGACAUCUGCCGAACAGACAUUUACGCCUGGCUGAUUCUAAGCCAUUGAUAAUGAAUCAAGUGUACAGUACAAUGGACCCAAGAAGUCGUGUGAGUGGCGUUCCGCGCACUACGCAUUGGGUGAAUGAAAAACCUAAACAUCGAGGUGUGAAGAGGAAAUUGGAAUAUAAUGACAAAACUGUGCCUAAAAGAAGGAGAUUGACUGUAGUACAAGAGGUGCCAAUUAGCUGCAACAUCAACAAAUUCAAGAUGUUGCCCGAUCAGAAUGACGAUGAUGAACAAAUGAACUGUGUUAGUGCUAAAACUGUUGACACAGAGAUUGCAAAAGGUAAGAGGGUCAAUAGGCUCUCAAAAAAGUACAAGAUCAGACAUACAAAAGAAAAUAGGGUUAUAAUAACAUCAGUCAUUCAGAAUGAUCCCAUUAUAAUACCAGAUACACCGGUUGAACCCAUUAUAAUACCAGAUACACCGGUUGAAACCAUUAUAAUUCCAGACACACAGGUUGACCCCAUUAUAUUACCAGAUACGCAGGUUGACCCCGUUAUAAAUACAGAUGUCGUUUAUGAUUUACUUCAAGACGCACAGCCACUUUAUAUAUCUGACGUAGAGGCUGUGGAUAAUCAUGAAUGUGUUGAUAUUUCAGAUGUUCCAAACAAAGAGGUUAGAGCAUCUGUGGUUGAGUCACGUUCUGCAGCGACGGACGAUGUUGUUGCCGGUCCAUCGGGUAUUGAUGAUAGACAACAACAACGGCCGCUGCGCCUGAGAACAAUGGAUGUUAAUGACGACUGUCCAUUAGGCGUAGGUUCAACAGGUAUGGGUGGUAAUCGACAAAAUGCUACAUGCAAACCCACAAGGGCAGAGAUUGCUAGUAAAGCAUCUGAAUUAAAAUAUAAUGCAUUGAUAGGAUCUAUUUGGAGAGAGACAGCUUACACAAACCAUGCGUCUACAGGACUGUUAACACAACUAUCAGAAAUAAUGCACAGCGGCAAACGGGACCAGCGAGCGCUUAAUAAACUUAUUAAACGCUAUCUGGGACUCGCUGUAGAACGGAGCAAUCUAGUCAGGGAAACAUGUGAUUUCCUAGAGGACAACUCAUUCGGUAAAAAAACAUCGAAAUGA